GGAUAGGGAAAAAAAUCAAACACAACACUAUCCCAUGGCUGUGCUUCCCAUGGCGCCCGCUGCUGCGCUGCUAAGCGGGGGGACGUUUUAACUACUCAGCAGUUUAUCUUACACGCGUUUAUUUAUAUAUAGAUAUUUUUAAAACUCCUGAGUGAUUUUCUUGUUGCGGCCAUGACCGUGGAGCAGAACGUCCUCCAGCAGCACUCCCAGAAGCACCAACAGACGUUACUAAAUCAGCUGAGGGAAGUUACUGGAACUACAGAUGUUCAGCUCUUACAGCAGGCACUACAGGUCAGCAGCGGUGACCUAGCCGAGGCAGUAGCCUUUCUUACAGAGAAGAAUGCCAAAGUCCCUCAACAGGAUGAAGCCACCUACUACCAAACCACGCAGGUCGGCAACGACAGAUACAUCAGCGUGGGCAGCCAGGCUGACACGAAUGUGAUCGAUCUGACUGGAGACGAUAAAGAUGACCUGCAGAGAGCCAUCGCGCUCAGCCUGGAGGAGUCCAACCGGGCCUUCAGAGAGACCGGCAUCACGGACGAGGAGCAGGCGAUCAGCAGGGUGUUGGAGGCGAGUAUAGCCGAGAACAAAGCCAGCCUGAAGCGCACCCACACUGAGGUGUGGAGCGACUCGCCCAACCCUCACGACAGGAAGCGGCUGGGUAACUGCCCCGUGGGCUUAAAGAACGUGGGCAACACCUGCUGGUUCAGCGCCGUCAUACAAUCCUUGUUUAACCUUCUGGAGUUCCAGAGACUGGUGUUGAACUACUCUCCUCCUACUCGGGUGCAGGAUUUACCUCGGAACCAGAAGGAGCACAGGAACCUGCCCUUCAUGCAGGAGCUGAGGAACCUCUUCUCCUUGAUGGUGGGUUCCAGGAGGAAAUACGUGGACCCGUCCAAGGCCGUGGAGAUCCUCAAGGAUGCCUUUAAGUCUAGCGAGUCGCAGCAGCAGGAUGUAAGUGAGUUCACUCACAAACUGCUCGACUGGCUAGAGGACGCGUUCCAGAUGAAGGCAGAGGAAGACAGGGAGGGUGAGAAGCCAAAGAACCCAAUGGUGGAGCUGUUUUAUGGGCGCUUCCUGGCUGUAGGUGUCCUUGAAGGGAAGAAGUUUGAGAACACGGAGAUGUUCGGACAGUACCCGCUACAGGUUAACGGCUUUAAGGACCUACACGAGUGUUUGGAGGCCGCUAUGGUGGAGGGCGAGAUCGAGUCUCUGCAUUCUGCUGAAAACUGUGCCAAGUCUGGACAGGAGCACUGGUUUACUGAACUUCCCCCUGUUCUGACCUUCGAGCUGUCACGGUUCGAGUUUAAUCAGGCUUUGGGCCGACCCGAGAAGAUUCACAACAAGCUUGAGUUUCCCCCGACACUCUACAUGGACAGGUACAUGGACAGGAAUCGAGAGAUCACACGGAUCAAGCGGGAGGAGAUCAGAAGGCUGAAGGAGCACCUGACCGUCCUCCAGCAGAGACUUGAGAGAUAUCUCAGUUACGGCUCCGGUCCUAAGAGAUUCCCUCUCGCGGAUGUUCUACAGUACGCCAUGGAGUUUGCCUCCAGCAAGCCUGUGUGCACUUCACCAAUCGAGGACUUUGACACAUCAGCGCCCCCUGGUGGUACAACAUCACUGGUGCCUCCUACACCGAGCGUGGCAGAGCAGAGCCCUUCGCCUCCUCCAGAUGGCCCCGGGGCGUCUCCUCAACCUCAGCAACCUCAACAGCAGCAGCAGCAGCAGCCUCAGCAGCAGCAGCAGCAGCAGCAGCAGCAGCAGCGCAUACCCAUCCAUAAACCCUUCACCCAGUCCCGCGUGCCCCCCGACCUGCCCAUGCACCCUGCACCACGACACAUCACUGAGGAAGAGCUGCACGUGCUCGAGGGCUGCCUGCACCGCUGGAGGAGCGAGGUGGAGAACGACACCAGAGAUCUUCAGGGGAGUAUAUCCAGGAUCCACAGAACCAUCGAGCUCAUGUACUCAGACAAGACCAUGAUGCAGGUGCCGUACCGGCUGCAUGCGGUCCUGGUGCACGAAGGCCAGGCCAACGCGGGCCACUACUGGGCGUACAUCUACGACCCGCAGCACCGCUGCUGGAUGAAAUACAACGACAUCUCGGUGACCAAGUCGUCGUGGGAGGAGCUGGUGAGAGACUCGUUCGGAGGCUACCGCAACGCCAGCGCGUACUGCCUCAUGUACAUCAACGACAAGAAGCCCUUCCUGGUUCAGGAGGAGUUUGAUAAGGAGACAGGCCAGGUGCUGAGCGGCCUAGAUAAGCUGCCUCCAGACCUGAAGGAGUACGUGAAGGAGGACAACCAGCAGUUCGAGCGUGAGCUGGAGGAGUGGGACGCCAUGCAGGCCAGGAAAGCCCAGCAGGAGAAGAUGGCCCUGGCAGCAGCAGCGGCCGCCGCAGCGUCUCCUCGUCCCAUAAGCACCGAGACGAGCCCUGCAGAAAGCACCGCUUGCCAGCAGGACCUGGACUACAUGGAGCAACCGUCGCCCACGGACGACUCCAAGCACCUGCAGGAGGACACGGAGAGAGCCAUCAACAAAGCCGCAGCUGAACAGGAUGAGAAGAAUCCCGAGGCCCUGCUUUACGCUGCUGAGUCCCAUGCCUCCCCUGCCCAGACCCCUCUCCCCGACCCCGCCCAGGAUGGCUCCUCCUCCACCGCAGACGCUCCCCAUCGGGUGGUGGAGGUGGCCAUCCCUCACGUAGGAACCUUUGUCAUUCAGGCACGAGAGGGGGGGUACGACGACGAGACAAUGAUGACUCCAAACAUGCAGGGUAUUAUAAUGGCCAUUGGCAAAGCCCGGAACGUGUAUGACAAGUCUGGUCCUGAAGCAGCCUUUUUCAAGGCGCUUAAAGUCGAGUACACUCGUUUGGUGCGGUUAGCGCAGGAAGAUACGGCGCCUCAGAAUGACCAUCGGCUGCAGCACAUCAUCGUUUACUUCAUCCAGAACCAGGCGCCUAAGAAGAUCCUGGAGAGAACCCUGCUCAUGCAGUUCGCCGACAGGAACCUCGGCUUCGACGAGAGGUGCAAGAGCGUCAUGAAGGUGGCGCGAGCCAAGCUGGAGCUCAUCAAGCCAGACGAAGUCAACAUGGAGGAGUACGAGAUAUGGCAUCAGGACUACAGGAAUUUCCGCGAGACCACCAUCUUCCUAAUGAUCGGCCUCGAGCUGUUUCAGAAGAAAAGUUACGUGGAGUCGCUGAUGUACCUGGUGUACGCGUAUCAGUACAACAAAGAACUGCUGUCCAAAGGGCCGUACCGGGGACAUGACGAGGAGCUCAUAGGACAUUUUCGCAGGGAGUGCCUGCUGAAGCUGAACGAGCACGCGGCGGCCAUGUUCGAGAGCGGAGAGGAGCCGGACGUGAGCAACGGCCUGAGCAUCAUGAACGAGCUGGUGGUGCCGUGCAUCCCUCUGCUGCUCCUUGACGAGAUGGAGGAGAAGGACAUGGUGGCCGUUGAGGACAUGAGGAACCGCUGGUGCUCAUAUCUGGGACAGGAGAUGGAGCCCAAUCUUCAGGAGAAGCUGACCGAUUUCCUCCCCAAGUUGCUCGACUGCUCUACAGAGAUCAGGAGCUUCUCUGAGCCGCCCAAGCUCCCGCCGUACUCCACCCUGGAGCUGUGCGAGCGCUUCGGCCGCGCCAUGGCCUCCCUGACAACACUCAGCCGGACGCCCGCCGACGGCAGAUGAGCUUCUUCACGGACUUCUCCUCUUAUAACCCACCCACAUCCUCCUCCUCCUCCUUUCUUCCCAAAGCCUUCCUCCAAAGCAGGGCUGCUUCGGCUGUUAGUUCUCUUUAGUUCACUUUUUUAAAUCUUCAUCAUCAUCAUCUUUAUCCGUAUCAUUAUCACUAGCAUUUGGAAUAUUUGGCUCAUUUUUGUUUUUUUUAAGCUAUAAACAAAUGCACAGAGGAGAAGGAAAAUGAGCGUUAGCAAUUUGGGAUUAUGAACUUUACAGCUUAGAAUUUGCAGCAUGCUGCUCUGGCUUUAUCAAGCGAGGUCAAAAAAAAUGUAUUCAGUUAUUUUAAAGUUGUUUUUAUUUGCUGUUUUUUUUUUUUUUUUUUUUUUCCACUGAUCACUUUUAUUUCAACGAGUCAAACCUUUUUGGAGUAAAAAGGAAAGACCUGCUGCUCAGCCACCCCUUUAUUACAGCAUUAUCGCUAUGUUAUUUUGUUUGUUUGUUUUUUAUUUCUUAAAGGAUGGGACUGAACGUAAAGACCAGGAGAGUCAGAGAUGGCUCGCAAUGUAUAGAGAUGUGUGUAUAGGUCUUCGACCUGAGGACUGCAACUCUCAAAAGUUUUAAGCGCUUUGCUAGGCAGCCGCGGACACGCCCCGCGGCUUGUUAAUAAAUUGAGAGAAUAAAGUUUUAUUUAUGGCGCUUUUAAGCCAGAUACCUGUUUUGCUCAAUUAAAGCUUGUUAUUUUGAAUUA